AUGGUCCGCUGUCUUGCUUUCCUUAUAUCCCUGGCAGCUGCCACGAACCUCUAUGCCACCCACUAUAACGGCAACAUCUACACACUUUCUCUCGAUGGCAAAAACUCGCUUUCGAUCUCUUCGUCCUUGAAAACAUGUGGCGAUGCUCCUAGUUGGCUUACGUUCGAUUCGUCAGCGCGCACACUCUAUUGCUCCGAUCACUCGGGCAAUGGGACUAAGAAUGGCUCGUUAAGCUCCUACUCCGUAAAUCGGGAUGGGAAACUGACGGAGCUCGCAAAGACCGUUGACGUGGGCUCCGCAGUCCACAGUACUAUUUAUGGCGGCAAGCACGGACGCGAAAAGUAUUUGGCUAUUGCGCAUUACGGCGGUUCCGCCCUUUCAACCUUUGCUCUACCCCUUAGCUCUGAUAAGGAGGCCCUGCAGGUCUUCCGCUACCAAAUGUCCCAGCCGGGUAUCAAACCCCAGCAGGAUGCGCCGCACCCUCAUCAGGUGAUCCUCGAUCCAACCGGUGAUUUUCUCCUUGUUCCCGAUUUAGGCGCCGACCAGGUCCGCGUGUACGCCAUUGAUCAGCACUCGGGACGUCUAAAUGUGUGCCCUAGUCUUAAUUACACGGCCGGUAGUGGACCGCGACACGGACUGUUCUGGAAAUCUAACUCCUUGGACUCAGCGCAAACUCCAGUGACUAUGCUGUACACCGUCAGUGAAUUAGGCGGUCACUUUAAUGCGCUCCUUGUAUCUUACUUAUCAUCCGGUUGCCUCGGGUUCCGGGAGACUCAAUCCUUUGUGCCAUACCCAGGCGGACAGUUACCGACUGGGGCGGUGCCGGCGGAGCUCGCUAUGGCUGGGACUUCUCUUUAUGUUUCGAUUCGCUUUGAUCAAGGAUUCCCUCCAAAUGACUCUGUCUCGACUUUGGCGCGUUCGUCCAACGGCACGGUGACUUUCAACGAAAUCACCUCUUCAUAUGGCGCCAUUCCCCGCACUUUCUCCAUCAAUAAGAAGGGCACCCUGGUGGCCAUUGGCGACCAGGCUUCAUCUAAUGUAGCCAUCGUUAUAAGAGAUCCGCAGAGUGGAAAUCUUGGCAACCUAGUUGCCAACCUGGAGGUUGGACAGCCCGGCCAGGCUAGUAAUUCGUCGACGGGUUUGAGCAGCAUCAUCUGGGGAGAGUGA